UCAUACCAGGUUUUAAUAUUAUAUAAGAAGCUAACGUCAAAUGAGAUGAAGAUGGCUGAUUUUCUGAAAGAAUUACCAAGUCAUAAUGAGGACAAUUUUACCAGAUUCCACACAGAUUCCAGCUGUAGAUCAAAUAUGAGAAAACCAGCAGUGUAUAUAUCUACUGUAGAUCAUCCCUCUGAACAAGUCAUUACAACAGAAAAGACAAACAUUUUGUUACGCUAUUUACACCAGCAGUGGGACAAAAAGAAUCAGAAUAAAAAGAGAGACUUCAGUCGAGCUAGUCUAGACUCUGCAGAGAGCAGUUCCUCAUCCAAAAUGCCUCGGCUGAAUACGGAUGAUGUAUCAUAAAUAGUGUAAUACAAAUAACGCGUCAGACAAAUCCAACUAUUCCUGUGUGGAGAGAUCCGUCGUUCCAGCAAGCUUAAUAUUAAGCAACAGUUUAUGUUCACACGUUUUCUGUGACAUACUUAUUACUGAGAUAGUGCUGGAGGGACGAUCAAAGGCAGUAUUUGCGUUUGUUUGUACGUCUGUGUAUAUGUUUAUUAGGGAUGUAUGUGUAAUUGGAGGGUUGGGAGGGGGUGCGGGGUUAGACAGAGAAAUACAGCCUAGGCAAUUGUUGAUACUGUGCUUGAGAGUGCCUUUGUUAUGCAUUAUGAUAGUUUUGAGAAAACGCUCUGUAUGGUUUUUUUUUUUAAAUAUUCGAUUUUUUUGUUUCGUUCAUUGCUGCUUUGCGACAAUUUGUUGUAUUAUUAUCUUAAAGAACAAUUGUCAUGUAUGAAGGAUAUGUUGAAUGUAUGAAUUGUAUAUUUUUCUCAAAAGUUCAACUGUUGAUAUUGUCGGCUUUCAAAUGUUCAGAUGAUCUGUUUAUGUAGAUUGCUUAGAAUAGCUUUUAUUAACUAGCAAUACAUACGUGUUAAUCAUUUAGUUUCAAUGCCUCAGUGUUAAGGGUUUCCAUCAUUGUCUAUAUAGACAUCAAUUCUAAGUCAUGUGUACCAUGUACGUCAGAUGGUUUCUCCCCUUCAUGACCACAGACCACACAAUAGGGGAGUCUCAGGACACAUCAGCCAUGCUUUACAGUCGUCACUUAGGAAGGAUAUUGGAUAUUUUAUGGUGUAUUUGUAAUAGUUUAAUAGUUGAUUAUUUAAUGUAACAAUUUAACAUAAAGUCAUAAAUCACUGAAUUAACAAUAUAAAGGAACUCAAAACAGUGGACUUUGUUAGUACUUGCAGAUUUGGAUCCUACACUUUGUCAGUUAUUAUAGAUGUACUGUAUUCUGUGAAGUCAGUGAAGCAACACACUGAAUGUUGCAUAUCAGAUUUUUUAAUUGUUUUGGUAUCAAUUCACAUUAAUUCUAAUGAAUUUAUAGGAACAUGUUAUUAAAAGAAAAUGACAAUGAACUUUAUUCUCAAUAAACUGUGUUUACAGUGUAGAGAAAAUAAAUACUAAUUGCAUUGUGAAGAAAGAUUAGUACAUUAACAAAGAGAGCUAACUCUCUCAAUAAUUGUAUUUAAUAGGUAUUAAGGUACCUCACUUCACCUAGACUUAUACCUUAUAAGACACUGCGUCACAAGAUGGUGAUUUAAAUGUUUUGUUAAACUGUUUAUAUCGUUUGAUUGGGUUGUGUAUCGUCGUAGCUCAGUGGUUAAAGUAUUGGGCUUCUGAACUGCAGAUCAUGAGUUCAAAUCCGCCUGCAUGGAGCUUUUGUUCAUGUUUACUGAAUUAAAUUUUCGAAAUUGUAAUUUUUCAUCCAAAAUUGCACAUUAUUUUGCCUAUUAGACUUAAAUACUUCUUGUCCAUUAGUAUAUCUAUCACAGUCAAGUCAUUUCCUGCUGAUUUGAGAAAAUAUUUCAAGGUGUAGUGAGCAACCUUGACCUUAAUGUUGGUUUUUGUUUGAUACAUUAAACAAUACUUCAAAUUUUGAAACAUUUUUGAUUUAUAAUAUAUUAGUAAAUUUGGUGAAAGAAAUUAUCUCUGUGAACAAUUUACAUUCUGAUCCCUUUGAGGGGGUCUUAUUAAUGAAGUAAAACCAAAUGUAUAUUACUGAAUAUGAUGCUUUCCCUAAUUAUCUGAUAAGCUGAAGAACUCUGAUUUCAUUACAUAUGAGAGAAAUGAAACAAAACAGUAAAAU